CGGCGCCCGAGUGCAGUGAAAUUCCGUGAAGGAAGGAGGGAGGAAGAGGAGGAGGAAGGAAGGGGAAAAGGGGGGCAGCAAGAAGAAGGAAAGGCCGAGGGGCGAAGAGGAAGGAGGGAGAGGCGCCUUCCCUGGCUGGAGCUGCCUCCUCCUCCUGCGACCAGACUAGCGGCCCUUGGAGGCCCAUUCGCGGCGGUGGCGCUGCAGGGAGGCUCGAAGGGGGCCCCGGCCAUUGGAGGAGGAGAGGGAGAAGGAGAAGGAGGAGGAGAAGGGCCCCCGCCAGACCCUUCCCCCGGGCACCGGCGGGGAGAAUGACGGAGCUCCAGUCCGCCCUGCUACUGCGGAGACAGCUGGCAGAGCUUAACAAAAACCCAGUGGAAGGCUUUUCGGCAGGCUUAAUAGAUGACAACGAUCUCUAUCGAUGGGAAGUCCUCAUUAUUGGCCCUCCAGAUACACUGUAGUGGUGUUUUCAAGGCUCAUCUUACGUUCCCAAAGGACUAUCCACUCAGGCCGCCAAAAAUGAAGUUUAUCACAGAAAUAUGGCAUCCAAACGUUGACAAAAAUGGCGAUGUCUGUAUUUCCAUCCUUCACGAACCCGGCGAAGACAAGUAUGGCUACGAGAAACCUGAAGAGCGCUGGCUUCCCAUCCAUACUGUGGAAACUAUCAUGAUCAGUGUAAUUUCUAUGCUGGCAGAUCCCAACGGCGACUCUCCUGCCAACGUUGAUGCAGCGAAAGAAUGGAGGGAAGAUAGAAACGGCGAAUUCAAAAGGAAAGUUGCCCGCUGUGUAAGAAAAAGCCAAGAGACUGCUUUUGAGUGACACUCAGUUCAGCAGCUAGUAGCUUCACUUUUUUCAGGGUCUCCAAUCGAGGAACAUGGCACUGUUUUUCCUGCACUCUACCCACCUAUUGCUGGACUUCUGUUUCUACCAAGUUGGCAGACACUGGCUGGAACUGGGCUGCAAUAAAAGACGCCAGUUAUUAAUGCUGACAAAGAGCCUAACAAGUGCCAACAAAGAUUUGCGCAUUUUGAAAACUAAUGGAACUGCUUUAACCUUCAGGAAGAAUUGUAAAGACGUGUACAUAGCACAACAUGAUCCGGAUAAUAUAUAUACUGUUCAUGUACAUCCACAAAUACACCUUGUACCAAAUAAUGCUGUCUGGUAGCUAGAGUAAGAAUCGUGUAAAUUCUCAAGAUUUUUAGCAGGUUUUCCUUCUUCCCCCCCAUUUUUUUUUUCUUCUUAUGAGUCUUUAAAAAUUUCUUGUGAAGCAUGUCAGACUAAAACAAAUUAGGAUUUAAAAACUACUAUUCCAUUUUAACUCUCUCUUUUUUUCCCUUUCCAGCCAUUGAAGCUUCAUUAAAACCUCUCACUUUAAUAAAGUUUAAUACCUUUGUAACUCCCUUCCCUCAACUUUUUUCAAGUUAAUAAAACACUGAGCUCUGUUACUUGAUUCUACCAAUGACUUGAGCACUGUCCCCAUGUGUUUUGAACCAGCCGUGCUCAUGUUUUGGCUUAGAUGUAGCAGUAAAGCCUUUCAGCUGAGGAGUACCCUUGAGCCUCAUGCGUUUCCUCCAAAGGGCUGAGAGCGUUUGCUUUGGAAGCGGUCGGCAGCGUAAGUUUAUCCCAACGUAGGUUGAACUGCUCUUUUUAUUUCUUGCCUGGUUUGAAGUUGGAUAAAUAAAGGCAUGCAGAACUGUAGGCUUUCAAAUGAGUUCUGGUUUUGCUCUUAAAUGCUGUUCUCUUUUUCUCUCCUUUCACUUAGUUCCCUCUCUUCCCAUCCCUCCUUCCUAUUUCUUUGCCUUCCGAUCUCCUGCAGGUUUUCCUCACUUUAAUGUAUAAAGAGAAAUUGCGAUGUAUAUUUUCAUGUAACUUGAUUUUGGAAUUCUGUCACCUUCUGUAGUGAGUUCUUCCAAAAUAUAAAUUUUUCCAAUA